CAAAGUUCACGUGGAUUCGCUUCAGUCGUUUUUGGACAUCAUUUAGUCGUUGUUCCGUGUUAAAAACGCCGGUUUCUCGUGAAAGUGAAGUUUUCACAGACUUUUAUAUUAUUAUUAAAAUGGUUUUGCAAGAUAAAGAUAAUGUUGUUGAAGCAUAUGAAAAAGUCAGAUCUGACACAGACGAGACGACUUGGUUAAUAUGUAGAUAUGAUGGUAAGGAAAUAGCUGUGUCAGAGACCGGCAACGACAUCAGCGAGUUGUUCUCUGGCGACAAAUUAAAAAAUGACGAACGAGCUUUUGUGUACCUUAGGCUCGAAACUGGUGAUGAGAUGAGUAGACGUGCCAAGUUUGCCUUUAUUACAUGGAUAGGACCAGAGGUUAGCCCCAUAAAAAAAGCAAAAGUGAGCACAGACAAGGCAUUCGUAAAGCAAGCAAUUCGCGAGUUUGCAACGGAAUUUAUGAUAGAUACCCAUGUGGACAUGAACUACACGAAUAUCGAACAAGCAGUCAUUAAAUCUAGUGGCGCUAACUACGGAACCGGUGUCCGGUAAAACUAAGACUCACAAAACUCACAGUUCCCUUCCACAGUUUAAAAAGUUUCAAAUUAUUUCAUCAGUGUUUAUGGGCAUUGCUAGAAUUUGGCUUUGUCGUUGUUAAUCAUGUAGAUAAUAAACUCCCGUUUAUGUUUUUUUUUGUGUAGAAAUUGUUAAUUCAUUAUACUGUAUCAAUCUAUCAGAUACCAAAUCUGCAUAUACGUAAUCGCAGAUGGGUCAUUUGUUUUUAUUUCGUGUGUAAGGUUUCGUACUGCGAUUUAUUUAGUGCGCAUGCUUGGGUCAGGGAAAGUCACUCAAUUAUUUUAUGUCAUCUGUGUCUGGCCUAUAUUUUUUGUCAUUAGACUAGAUAUUUUAGAUUAAUAUUUUUCAGAUUGUACAUAAGAUUUGCUAAUGAUAAUGAAAAGCUAAUUUGUUAUGUUAAUGUAAUUAAAUUCUAAAAAUACAUACUGUGAUAUGGACAGAAUUACUACGGUACCAUAUAUUUGAUAGUUUGUAAAAUCAAUUCGUUUCCUAAAAUUCUAAUGGCAAAAUAUUAAGAUAGCAUUCGUUUAAACUGCUCAUUUUACUGUUCUAAUGUGAUUGAUUCGUUGCUUUGGUUUAUAAUGUAUAAAAUAUAAUCGUAAGAGGUUUGUUUGAAAACCCAGAUAAUGUCAACAUGUGCAAAUAACGAGCAGCCAAUUUACAGACCAAAUAUAUAGACCAAAUACUGUUGCCCAGCUAAUGGGUCUCUGUUUGUAUUAUUGGCUGUAUUGUUUAAGAUAAGCACAUCGGUGGAAUAUUGCCGAAUGUCUGUUAUUCAAUGUCUUUAUUUUCAUUAUUGUACAGAGGAAGAACAUGUCUAAUGUUUCGAUCAUAAUUCAAAACAGUAGUGGUACCAACAAUUUUGCGUCCAAGGCACAGCCGACAGGGGCUAUUUCACCUCCGGCCCUACCAUGGUUGAAGCUAAUCAAGAUCAGGCACCUGUGCGGAAGUGGCACUCGCAUACUGUAAAAAUACUUUGUCUAAGUAGUGUUUCCUUAAAGGGGGCCGAGACUUUCCCAUAAGAGUGUGCCGAUCCUGGAUCCCUGCUGGCGCCGCCACUGUAUCGAAAUUGUCUUCUUCUUUUACUGACUUUUCAAAGUAUUUCUUGGUGUGGCGGUUUUUGCCACCGAAUCGUCUCAUUUGUUGAAAGUUGUGAGAUGACGUCACGAUGUUUCGAUUCCGAAAAAAAGUUUAAAAAAAAUAAAUACACCAUUAGGCCGAUAAUAUUAAUUUAACGUAUACUAUCCGUAUUUAUUGUGAUUAUAGACGGUGCGAUUAAGAAUUAGCAAUAAACCUUAUAGUACACAUUGAUAAUUUUGGCUUUAAUUUUGUGUUUAAUAGUUCUAUACUGCUCAUUGACUCAUUGUAUGGCUUGGUGUGGCGGUUUUUGCCACUGAAUCUUCUCAUUUGUUGAAAGUUAUGAGAUGACGUCACGAUGUUUUGAUUCCGAACCAAGUGUAAAAAAAAUCAAUACACCAUUAGGCUGAUAGUAUUAAGUUAACGUAACUAUCCGUAUUUAUUGUGAUUAUAGACGGUGCGAUUAAGAUUUAGCAAUAAACCUUAUACACAUUGAUAA